UACUCCAAGAUGGCGACCUCCACCGUUCUGUAUUAUACGGUAUCGGCAAUUGCAACAAAAGGACAUUAUUGACACACGUCAAAACUUUUAUUUUUGGUUGCUGCAAAGACAAGCCGGUUUAGUAUAUCGAAUCUGAAACGCUAAAAUCUUCUCCAAUGCUUUGUACAUUUGUAGAACUGCGCGCCGUGUUAGACUGAGGGGAUUUGCAUUAACCGAGCAUGGCCACCGACAACAUAAUUCAUUUCUGGAGGAAAAACGCGAAGGUUCCAGGAAGGUUUCCUAAAGACACUCCCAAGGGAAACAAUCUCAAGUCUAAAAAAGCAUCUAGUUUCCACGAAUUUGCCCGUAGCACCAACGACGCCUGGGACAUUGAUGACGAGGACGAUGAGGACUUGUUAGCUCCCAUUCACCCCUCAUCUCUCCCGUCCACCCUGCACUCUGUGCACCAUGUGCCUCCUCUUCCUUUACAACAACCCAGUGACACCACCAGGGAGCCAGACACGGGGCCUGCAGACCGGCUGGCUCCCCCAACAGCAGAGGGCUGUCAUCAGCAGGAGGAGGACGCAGACUGUGGACAGAUCAAUGGCAGAGUGGUGGUGAAGUCCAGCAGUGAGGCCCUGCUCAACACCAAUACAGUGCGCUCCACCCUGCAGAAGCAACAGUCUCUCCCAGUUCGUCCUAUCAUCCCGUUAGUCGCCAGAAUCUCUGACCAAAAUUCCUCGGGGGCCCCAAUCAUGACAGUGCGAGACAAAAGCCGAUUGGACAAAUUCAAAUACCUUCUGUCCUGUCCUAACACCGACCUUGAGGAGCUCCGGAAGCACAGCUGGUCAGGUAUUCCACGAGAAGUGAGGCCCAUUACAUGGAGGCUCCUCUCUGGUUACCUCCCAGUCAACAUGGAGCGCAGAGACCUGGUGCUGAAGAGGAAGAGAGACGAGUACUUUGGCUUCAUUGAACAGUAUUACCACUCCAGGACAGACGACACUUACAAAGACACAUAUAGACAGAUCCACAUCGAUAUUCCGAGGACAAACCCACUAAUUCCACUUUUCCAGCAGCCCACUGUGCAAGAGGUGUUUGAGAGGAUCCUCUUCAUCUGGGCUAUCCGCCAUCCAGCCAGUGGCUACGUCCAGGGAAUCAAUGACUUGGUCACUCCAUUCUUUGUUGUCUUCCUCUCCGAAUUUGUUGAGGAGGAUGUGGAGAAUUUUGACGUAGCUUCCCUGCCUCUUGACACCCAGAGGAACAUUGAGGCAGACAGUUUCUGGUGCAUGACCAAGCUGCUGGAUGGAAUACAGGACAACUACACCUUUGCUCAGCCAGGGAUACAGAACAAUGUGAAAGCUUUGGAAGAAUUGGUCAGCAGAAUCGAUGAGGACAUACACAACUACUUUAAGAGGUAUGAGGUGGAGUACCUGCAGUUCGCUUUCCGCUGGAUGAACAACCUGCUGAUGAGAGAGCUGCCUCUACGCUGCACCAUACGCCUCUGGGACACCUAUCAGGCUGAACAAGAGGGCUUCUCCCACUUUCACCUCUACGUCUGUGCUGCUUUCCUGAUCGAGUGGCGCAAAGAGAUCCUCUCCAUGGUCGAUUUUCAGGGUCUUCUCAUGUUACUCCAGAACCUUCCCACAAUCCACUGGGGGAAUGAGGAAGUGGGCCUUCUCCUGGCUGAAGCGUACAGACUCAAGUACAUGUUCGCUGACGCUCCCAAUCACUACAGGAGAUAGGCCUCUAUGCAAUGGUGUAAAACAGAUUCUGAUAUACUGUUAGGAGGAAUGUAAGGUUUCCUUCAUCUCUUUGAUAUGACUGGCCGACAUAUAGCUUGCACACAGGUACAGAAUCAUUUGCUCAAAAUAGGAACCCUCAGACCUUAUUUCUACUAUAGUUUUCUUGCAGGUUCUCUCUGUUUGUUAAGACUUUUAUUGGCAAGUUACAUUCCACUGACAUUGCAGCGUAUUAUCUCUGAGACACUGGCUUAGACAUCUCAAUAGCAGUCUGUUACAAUUCAUGCGGUAGGCAUCGAGUAGGUUCUGGACAUACAACACAGCUAAUCCUCAACUGACUAGAUAUCCCCCUUUCCCUUCAACCUUACUCCUAUUAACCAUAACCUUAUGUGAGUUCUGGUAUUGAAGCUCUAUACUGUUCUGGUAUGGGAACUCUAUGCUGUUCUGGUAUUGGAACUCUAUACUGUUCUGGUAUGGGAACUCUAUACUGUUCUGGUAUUAGAAAUCUAUACUGUUCUGGUAUUAGAACUCUACACUGUUCUGGUAUUGGAACUCUACACUGUUCUGGUAUUGGAACUCUAUAAUGUUCUGGUAUUAGAACUCUACACUGUUCUGGUAUAAGAACUCUAUACUGUUCUGGUAUUAGAACUCUAUACUGUUCUGGUAUUAGAACUCUAUACUGUUCUGGAAUUAGAACUCUACACUGUUCUGGUAUUGGAACUCUACACUGUUCUGGUAUUAGAACUCUACACUGUUCUGGUAUUGGAACUCUACACUGUUCUGGUAUUGGAACUCUAUACUGUUCUGGUAUUGGAACUCUAUACUGUACUGGUAUUGGAACUCUAUGCUGUUCUGGUAUGGGAACUCUACACUGUUCUGGUAUUAGAACUCUAUACUGUUCUGGUAUUGGAACUCUACACUGUUCUGGUAUUGGAACUCUACACUGUUCUGGUAUUGGAACUCUAUACUGUUCUGGUAUUAGAACUCUAUACUGUUCUGAUAUUAGAACUCUAUACUGUUCUGGUAUUGGAACUCUAUACUGUUCUGGUAUUAGAACUCUAUACUGUUCUGGAAUUAGAACUCUACACUGUUCUGGUAUUGGAACUCUACACUGUUCUGGUAUUAGAACUCUACACUGUUCUGGUAUUGGAACUCUAUACUGUUCUGGUAUUGGAACUCUAUACUGUUCUGGUAUUGGAACUCUAUACUGUUCUGGUAUGGGAACUCUACACUGUUCUGGUAUUAGAACUCUAUACUGUUCUGGUAUUGGAACUCUACACUGUUCUGGUAUUGGAACUCUACACUGUUCUGGUAUUGGAACUCUAUACUGUUCUGAUAUUAGAACUCUAUACUGUUCUGAUAUUAGAACUCUAUACUGUUCUGGUAUUGGAACUCUAUACUGUUCUGGUAUUGGAACUCUACACGGUUCUGGUAUUGGAACUCUACACUGUUCUGGUAUUGAACUCUAUACUGUUCUGAUAUUGGAACUCUAUACUGUUCUGGUAUUGAAGCUCUAUGCUGUUCUGGUAUUGCAGCUCUAUGCUGUUCUGGUAUUGCAGCUCUAUGCUGUUCUGGUAUUGCAGCUCUAUGCUGUUCUGGUAUUGGAGCUCUAUGCUUAUCUGGUAUUGAAGCUCUAUGCUGUUCUGGUAUUGGAACUCUAUGCUGAUCUGGUAUUAGAACUCUACACUGUUCUGGUAUUGGAACUCUACACUGUUCUGGUAUUGAAGCUCUAUGCUGUUCUGGUAUUGAAGCUCUAUGCUGUUCUGGUAUUGAAAUUCUAUGCUGUUCUGGUAUUGGAACUCUAUACUGUUCUGGUAUUGCAGCUCUUUACUGUACUGCAUAAAUGAAUGAUAUUUUAAUCCAGAGGGAUAAAUACUUGGCCAUCGGUUUAUGGUCUUUUAAAUUCAAAUUCAUACUGGCAUUAAUCAGUAUUGGUUGUCUCAGAAGUUUUAACAUAUACUUGAAAGAACUCUGAAUGGAUGAUGAAUGUUUAAGUGAUCAUCGUUCAAGUUUCAGAUAGAAUAUAUAUUGAGUUAUUUGGAUUUUUAUCAAACAGAGUUUUGUGGUAAAGCUAGUCCGCAUAUUUGACCACUUUGUCCCCACUUGUUCCCUUCAUGACUCAAUAGUCCAGUAAAAGGCCAGUCUGAAUAUCUACUGAACAAAUUGUCCCAAUGUAGUACAACGUGAUACAGGAGGUGUCACAGCUGUUACUAAUAGCCGCUCUGUAGACCAGGAAAAGGUACUUUAUUUCAGGGCUUAUCUAUAGUGGUGCCAUAUUGAAUCACAAGGCCUCAAUGUGAAUAGGGUGAGAAUGGGGACCGUGUGUUUUUAGAUGCUGUAUUAUUGUUACCACUUUGAGCUACAUGUUCAGUUCAUCUGUAUCUUAGGUUAUGUUUAUCUCAACUGAUUACUAGCUAUUUUGCUGUGUAAUUCUCAGGCUUAAUUUCUUCACAUUCAGAUUAGUCACACUUUCCUUUUUAGAUUAUUUGAAACUGUGGCACAUAUGAAAGUUGCUCAAUUGGUUCAAAAUGAAGUUGAAACUGAUGAGACCUUCAAGUAAUGUACAUUUAAGAGUAUCUGACACUUUACCAAAUGUAUAUUUUGUAUGUUUGCGGUGUCCGUAACAUGCGCUGAAGAUUUUGCAUUGUUUGUUUCCUCUUUCUGAAUAUAUAUACAAAGCAACCAGUGCAAUCUAAAUCAACAAUCUGCAACACGAUGUAAUGACCAUCCAGGAAGCUCUUCAGAAAGGAGAGAAAAUGACUGUUGUUCUUCCCUGUCUGUUGUUUGCAACAGCAUCUACUCUUAUUUAGUACGUUUAACUUAAACACUUGUAUGUAAACUUUAAUAAUAUAGAAGUGAAAAUUGUGUAUAUUAAGAAUUCAAAUGUUAAGAUUUGUUUUUCAGUAAAUGAAUGUGUUUUGACUUGCCUCUGAGGGUUGUCUGCUAAUGCUGAUGUUGAUAUUCAAAGGCAACUUAUAGUAGCCCUCCCGAGGCCCUACACAGUUACUUGAUCUGUUGGAAACUGUGAUAUCAACACAGCUGUAUUUCAAGUCUGUAAUGAUGCCUUUGUUAUAAGCAUUUGUAAUGCACUUUGACUAGCAUAGAAAACUGAAAUGUUAUCAUUUGCCCUGUUUUGUUUGUACAGCAUUUGUGUUUCAAUUUAAAUAUUGGGGUUAUGUAGUAGCUUACCUGCUGUGACCACACUUAGGGGACAUAAAGCAGGAAAUGGUAAUUACAUUUAAACAAUGGAAUGUGAAUAUGUUUUUAUUUUACCAACCUUCAUAACCAUUUCUCUGCUAUGGUACGAAAGGUUUGACAAUCAUUAUUUAGAUUUUAUAAUUCUUGUAUUGGCAUUGAGGUUCAAGUUUGUGAAAUGGACAUGUGGAUAUGGCAUUGAACAAUAUGGAAUACAUUUGUUUUGUCAGAUUUUAGUGACCCUAUGACAACCUAAAAAAAAACAAUGUUUUAACUGAAGUUCGGGUUUUUAAAUCAUCAGUACGAGGACAGUGACCUUGGUGGUAUUAGACCUGUAAUGAUAUGAAUUAACUUCAUGAUACUGAGGAAACAGAAGUGCCAUAACUUCUGUACCAGUAUUGUUCUCAUUUUGGUUUUCAAAGAUCACCAUGUAGUUCAAUUAGGAUUUUUCUGCAAUUUAAAUCAUCUAAUUUAAUCAUUCUACUUUUGAUUUCUGCAUGUUCCCAGUGGACAUUUUACCAUGUCUUCUCAAUUCAGGGUUUUUGUAGAACAAAUUCAGACUCAUGCUCGUUGUUGGCAUUUUCAAAUAUAUAAUGAUUACUUUGUGUAUUUGAAUAUUUACCUUUCAGCCUUAAAAGUAAACUAUGCUCUGUCCUCGUGUGUUUAUUUGCUCCCAAAAAUGUAUGACUUUAUUAUUUAAAUUUAAUUCAUUCCUCAUUUGUAUUAUUCAAUCCGUGUCCCGUGUUGUUUUAGGGUCAUUCAAAGGUUUCACUGUAUUUAGGUUUUAAAAACAUGGUGUACAGCAACGUAACCUGAAUUCCUUGUCUAAAAUUCAUCUGUAGUCUUUCAGUUUUAAUUUUCUUAUCUUCAAUGCCAAACUAUUUGGCCAAUAAUGUUUUCAUUCAGUUCAAUGCUUCUGUAGUCAAUACUGGUUUUAGCCUUAAAUGGAGGAAAUAUUACAGUAAUCUGCUGUAUAUAAAUGUUUUGUUUAUAUUAAACGAUUGUUACCCUUUG